AACACCUCCAUUUUUAUUGUGUGCAAGAUAGUACUCGAAUACCAUGGCAUCACGCAUUGCUCUGGUUGUGCUUCUUGCUCUUUCUGCGGUUGCUACUACUACAGCCACAUGCCCACAAAACUUCCCGCUAAUGACGGGAAUAGGCAUGAUGGACCCAUGCAUGCAAUCAUGCAUGAUGCAACAACCAUUCACCAUGGUAAGCUCAUUCUCACCAAUGAUGGGAAUGGGUUCCAUGGUCCCGUGCAUGCAAUCUUGCAUGAUGCAACGGGCAUUCACCAUAGGAGGAUCACCCGUGCUAGCAAUGUUGAUGCAACAAUCACCAUUGGCCAUGCUGCAGCAACAGUGUUGCAUGCAGUCUAUGAUGCAAGGAAUGAUGUCACCACAGUGCCACUGUGGUGCCAUGUGCCAGAUGAUGCACCUGCAACAGAUUAGGAUGGCGAUGCAGCUGCCAUUUAUGUGGAACACAGCAGCCAUGAUGAUGCAGCCAACCUAUUGGAGGCAGCCCUUUCCUAGCUGUGCCUGCUAGAUAGUAUAUGUUGUACCCAAGGAAUAAAGUUCACAUACCAUCGUGUGUGACUCACCAGAAAUAAAUUAUUGAGUAUGAUACAUAUAUUGUGGUGAAAAUUCAUAUACCAUCAUAUGUGUUUUUA